GGCUAGAGAGAGAGAGAGAGAAAACACUGUUGGUUGCAGCUUGACUUAAGGGUUUCUCUGGCUGGUGAGGCAUUCGCAUCCCAGAGCUCAUGUGGUAACGUGCAGCUUUGCUUGGCACCACCUCCAAAGUGGCCUGAACACAGGAUUUGACAAACGCAGAGGGUGUGCAUUUAUGCCUGAGGCAGAAAAAGAUCUCAGAAAAUAAGAGAGGCACAGCAGCAGGUGGAAAAAUCCAGCAGGAGCGAGCAAGAAGAGCAAGUGAAGAUCUGUUAGCACUUGAAACCCACACUGACAUGGCAGCAAUGGAAGCACUGGAGUGCUCAAGCGCUCAGCUCGAGCCACAUUCCCUCACCGAGAUCUCCGAAGACGACGACGAAGUCAACGUCCGUCCUUCGGAAGAUGAAGACGACGUCCUUGCAGCGGCAAAGAAAGAGUUGUCCGCCAUGGAAACAGAAGGCGAGGCCGCAGAAGACAAGGAUGGAUCGGGCAAGCCGGACCAGCAAGUGAACGGAGUGCUGGUGCUGUCUUUGCUCGACAAGAUCAUCGGGGCCGUGGACCAGAUCCAGCAGACCCAGACCGGGCUGGAGUCCAGGCAGCAAGAGAUGGAGCGCUCGGUGAGCAACAUCCAAGGCGAGCUCACCAAGCUGACCAAGGACCACAGCACCACGUCCAACAGCGUCAACAAGAUGAUGGAGAAAGUACGCAAAGUGAGCGUCAACGUCAAGACUGUAAGAGCCAACUUGGAGAAGCAAGGAGGACAAAUCAAGAAACUGGAGACCAACGAGGCCGAGCUGCUGAAGAGACGCAACUUUAAAGUCAUGAUCUAUCAGGAUGAAGUCAAAGUUCCCUCCAAACUCAACGUUUCCAAGUCCAUGAGGGUGUCUGAAGGUGUAUCAGGAAGCAGAGGAGGAAGUAUGCUAGAGCUGAAGGAAGCUACGGAGGAACCCGGAGAGGAGGGGGAAGAGGGAGAGAAGGAAAACAAACCGACAAUAGACCUUUCCUCGGAUGAGGAAGGAGUGGACAUUGAAGACGUCCUUUACGAGACCCGUGCCGAACGUAUCAAGCGCAGCAGCCUGCAGCGUGUCCAAACGCUCAAGACCGUAUUCUCCAAGGAGAAAAUGGAUAAGACCAAGGCAAGGACCAAGCAGAACCUGGAGAAGACCAAGCAGAAGACAAAGGCAAAUCUGGAGAAGACCAAACAGAAAACCAUGGAGAACAUUGAGAAUACAAAGCAAAAGGCCAAGGAUAACCUGGAGAAGACCAAACAUAACAUUGAGAAGAAGAUGGGAAAGCUCGGCACUCGCAUGACCGUCAAUCCGGAACGCAAGCAGAAGCUCCAGGUAUCCCGUACCAAGAUGCAGAAAGCCUUCACGCCGGACCACGUGGUCUACGCCCGUUCCAAGACUGCCGUCUACAAGGUGCCCCCCUUCACCUUCCAUGUCAAGAAAGUCCGCGACGGUGCCGUUGAGGUCGUCCAAGGCACUGAAAUGGUGGAGGUCUCCCAGAAUGCUGAGACCUUCAAUGAAGUAGAUGAAGAAGUGGAGGGAGGUGGCGUGGAGCUCGACAUGGAGAUGAUGAAUGGCGGAGAUGAUGAAGACGAAGAAGAAGAGGAGGAAAGCCAUGAUGUGAUGGAGGAUAACGACGAGAAAGACAGAGAAAGCGACUAGAUCAAGAACAAGGAAUUCUCCAAACGUCUUUUACAACACCCCUAAGGUUCUUUUGUAAAAACUGAAUAGAAUAUUCGGGAUUGAACACAUCCGUUUUGUUUUCCAAAUAAUCUCGAGCAGAAUUUAAAUGUCCAUUGAUCAAGUCUACUUACAGCUUUCUUUUUAGCUACCCAUGGUGAGAUUACAGAUCAGAAAACUAGUUCUGAUGGUUGUUAAUUCACCCAACACUUAGUUCAUGCUUAACAUCUUGUACGUUAGGUUUUCUACGUACUCCCAAAUUGUAAUCCUGCAAAAUAAAAAUAAAUAAUCCAACUUGAAUCAAAAGGAGCCCAACCUAACUUUUGGGGUUUAUUUAUUUCAUCCAAAAAGUUGAGGAAAAUAAAUCACCCAAAUGUUCAAUGUCCAAUCAGAAUAGAAGGAACAGGACUGGCACAGGUCAGUCUCCCAUCUUCAAGCAUGCAUUCAUUUAGGAGUCAAGUAUGAAGCCUGCAAAGGUGCCACAACAGUAUUUCUUUGACCUUUACAUGAUGUACGUAUGUAAAUAAACUGAAUGAUGUUCAGUGCCACAAACAAACAUGAUGUGGCUUGUUAAUGGAAAUAAUAGAUAUGGAAAUAUAUGUACCAGUCAAAUUGCAACAAAAGUUCAAUUCUCCACAUUUUUUAACGUUCUUAUUUCAUUUCGAAAUCAAAAAUACGGAAACUAUCCACAAAAAUGAUCACAGGAUUUUGCUUCAGAUAAAAAAGCCAUUGUAUCUAACCAACUAUCUACCAUUUAAUCAACUACCAUCUUUUUAUUUUCCAAAGAAUUACGAGCAGACCAGGCUCCUAGGUUUAGGUUUAGGUUUUUCACAUUUCCAUGAAACAUUUUGAUGUUUCUUUCUCUCUUUUUUUAUUUGUGUAAACCGAGAUAAGGACCAAUAUGUUGUAGACUGUUGAAUAUCCCUGAUAGUGAAUAUAAAUUCCAAAAGAUUGUGUAGUGUCGCAGUCCGCUACUGCCCCCUGGGGGUUGAUUAUAUCAUAAUGGUUUUGUCUGCAGUUUAUUUCAGCUUCUCGUGUUACGCCAAGCAUUUCAGUCAAAAUUGUUUAAGCUAGUCCAACAAUUUCCACAUUUAUUUGACCAAUAUUCAGUUGUCUGAUUUGAUAAGUGCCUUGCGGGUUGUGUAACUCACUAAGUAUUUCGUAUGUUCUGCAAUGACUGCAUUCCUUUGGCAUACUAAAAUAAAAGUCAAUUUGCAAGUUUUUUUUAAAUAUACAGUCAGUCAAGCCAAAUAGGAGGAGGAAUACAGUAUAUUAAGUGACGAGUCCUGCAGUACUUUUAUGGUCCAAGCUUAUUUCCAGCACAGAAACGUUUAAAUUGUGUUUGUUUUUGUAAAUAAUCACAUAUGGGUCAAUAUUUUAGCAUAAUGCGUAAAGCUGCUGGCACAUAUCCUGCAUUUAGAAGUUUCUUGAGCCCAAAUUGACAAAUAUUCUAGCUUUUUAAUGCACAAUUUAUCUUAGUGGUUUAAUGAUCGGCACUUCAAAGUGAAUUGACAUUGUUGUAAUUGAUUAUCGUACAAUGUUUCAUUGCUUAACCACUAAUGAAUUAAUAAAAGCUAUUUAGUUCA